AGUUAUUUAGCAUUAACAUUAAUCUUAAUUUAAAAAUUUAGUGAAUAUUAUUCAAAAUUAUUUUAAUACUUAUUUAUGUUGCGUAUUUAUUAUUUUAAUAUCAAACCCAAAUAUUUACAUUUUAAUGUAUUUAAAAAAAUUAUUCAGUAUUAUGUGAAUAGUUUUGAAUUAAAUAAUUUUUAGUAUUAUGCUUAACUUUGUGGAGUAUAAUUUAAAAAUAAAUUCUUAAACUUAUAGUAGCAUUAAUAGACAUGGAAUCAAUUACAACAGCAUUAAAAGAUAUAGCUGCUGAUAAAGGCCUAAUUUGUGGUAGCUUAUGUUAUAUUCGUACUAAUAUUAGCAAUAAACGUGAAGGAAUAAAUGAAUUGAGAGAUCAUGGGGGUAUUAAAAUAUUAGUAAAAUGUUUAAAACAAGUAAACCCUAAAGUAUUAUCGUUGGCUCUUAGCAUCCUGGGUAAUUGUAGUAUGGAUGAGAUUUGUCGGCAACAGCUAUUUGAAUGUGGUAUAAUUAAAGACCUAGGGUUCAUCAUAAAAAAUAUCAAUGUUGAUGCUAUUCAUAAUAGAACAUGCCGAAUGGUAGCUAAUCUUGCAAUUUCUCAUGAACACAUACCACUUAUUUAUAAGCACAAUAUACCUAAUAUUAUUGUUGGUGUAUUAUCUAAAACUAAGUGUAAUGGAACUAGAUAUUCUGCUGUUCGUGCUUUAAGAAAAAUUUGGGAAAAUUCAUCCAAAACUGGUUGUUCAGAAAUGUUAAAACAUCAAGCUGUUGGAAUAAUUUCAGAACUCUUAACAUCAGAUAAUAAUGAUUUAGUGCUAGCUGUUUUAAGAGCCCAUAUAUCAUUUCUAUCAAAUGCUGGAAAUUUUAAACAUCAAUCUAAUAAUUUGUCUGUUGUAUCACAGAUUUUGGGGAAAUCUAAUGUAGACACAAUGAAUACUUUAAUGAAUUUAUUACCAAAUAAUCCAUUAGUUAGUAAAAUUAUUUAUUUAAUGAGUAAAGUGCCUCAAACAAGAGCUCAAUUAGCUCAAUCUGGUGUUAUGGAACAUAUUGUUACUUUUUUAAAAAAUGAAAACAAUCAUUAUUUAACUGUAUCAUUAUGUCUUCUGUGUGAGUGUCCAUUGAACCGUGGAAGACUAGUUCAUACAAGUCAUGGAUUAACCAUUCUUAUGGACUUAAUAUCUAGUUCAAACCCAGUACAAAAAGAAUUAGCUAUGAGUGCUUUAGUUAACUUUCAAUUUGAUUCACGAUCAUUAGAAGAAAUGGUUAAAAAAGGUUUAAUUUCUUUACUAAUUAAAAAUCUAUCAUCAUAUAUUCAAGCUAACAAAAUGCCAAAUUUAUGUCCACCUGAAUCAAAAAUAAAACCCCAAACUAGUACAUCAUUUGUUAGUUGUGCUUCGCCUGCAGGAUCAUCAGGAAUGAGCCCCUCUAGUCCACCUACUAGAAGUUGGACUCCACCAAUAUCUGAAAAUGCGACUAAUUCAUACUCACCAUGUUAUUCACCUGUAUGUGAAUCAUUUGAUGGAGAAUCAAAUAAUGCAGAUGAAUCAAAUUCAAGUAUCAGCGAUUAUGAAAUAGAAGAAGAUAAGGAGAUAGAUACUCCUGAUAAACUAACUGGAGAAAAUGUUAUUAUAUAUUUAUUGACAAAUUUAUCAUACUUAAAAAAUGCUGUUAAAAUGAUGGCUACUAAAGAUGUAUGGGAAACAAUAUUGGACUACAUUCGGUUUAUUCAAGAUAGCUUUAAUCAUCAGAAACCUUUAAAAAUACUUCAAAUGAUUGUUCAAGAAAUACUUAACUUUAAAAGUCUUCUUAAAGAAGGUUUUAUUUUAUCUACACAUCAAAGAUUAUGCCAACCUGAACACAACCUUGAAUCAUGCAAAAAUUGUGAAAAUAGACAUAGAAUGGGUAUUACAAUAAUAACUAAUGCAACAAAUUCUUUUGAGUCAAAAUUUGCUGAAGAUGCUAUGAUAAGUAUUAUGAAUGAAGCAGAUACAUUAGGAUCAAAUAAUAAGCUAAAAUCAUUAAUCUCAGUUACCAUUCCUCUUGUUAUUCAAAGUCAACGGAGGCAAUUAAUAUCCAUGUUAUUUCGGUAUAAAACUUUUGAUAAUUUAUGCAAUUUACUUAAAAAUGAUGACAGUAUAUUGUUUGAUCAUAGUGUUGGGGCAUUAGUAGCAUUAUUUAAAACUUCUAAUAUUUUGUAUGUUAAACCAACAAUAAGUCAAUGUGAAAAUCAUAACUGCAGCAAACAAAUUAUAAAAAAGGAAACCACUGUUACGUUAGCAUUAGAUGAUGGAACUCAAGUAAAUGCAAACAAGUCAUUUUUAGCACUUAAGUCUCCAAUGUUUGAAGCAAUGUUCCGAUGUGGAGGUUUUAAAGAAGCAUAUCAAAAAACUAUACGCUUAAAUGAUGUUAGCUCUGAAUGUUUUAAGUCAUUAAUUGAUCUUCUUGAAGUGUGUUGUGAAUGUGUUUUGCCAAAAGAUAUAGCAGUUCUUUUAGAAUUAAUUACAGUAACAGACAGAUAUAUGUUAAAUGAAUUAACAGAACAGAUAAAUAUGAUGAUGAUGAGUGUAAUAAUGACAUUAGACAAUUGUAGUGAAAUUUACAAAUGGUCAAAAGAAACGGGCUACCAAUUGAAAUUUGGAUCUACAGUUAGUUCUGAUAUAAUAAAAUAUUUAUUUUCAUCUAAUUCUAAGUUCUCCCAACGAGUGAAAGCUGUUAGAAAACUAAGUCAAAGUCAACAUGGACAAUUAUUUAUUGAUGAUUUAUCAGAUAUUUUGAAAUUUGGUAUGGUUGAUCUAUGUGAUGAUAAAAUAUCUGAAUUCUAUUUGAGUAGAUUUGCUAAUGACUGUAGUUAUUAGAGAAAAUAUAUAUAUAUAUAUGGAGUUUAAUGAAAAACUUAACAUUUUUAUUGAUUAAAUAGUAUAUGUAAUUACAUCUUUGUAUUACAGUAAAUAUAUAAACAAUUUAGUUGAUUUAUACAUUAUCAUCAUAUCAAUACUGUUUGUUUGAUAUUACAUUUUUAAAAGUAUAUAAUUUAUUUAUGUAACAUUUAUCCAUAACAUUGAGAUCUAACACGAUAACUUGAUAACUUGCUUGGUAACAACAUGUAAAACAUUCAAAGGCUUGGACCUUCCCAAACUAUCACAAAUUUUACUCAUGAACAAUAGUACAAAUUUAUAGACCAGUAAUAUUACUAGCGUUGACCACGACAGAUUGAAAUUAUUUUUUAAUUAUUUUAACUAAUUACUAAAGCACUAAAAAGGUUAUUUAGAAAAACAUUAUUUUUCUAUACUGCAAUCCACGAACGAACACAACUCAGCGGCCAAAUGAUUAUAGAAGACCCAAUAGUCGCUCAGUUGCAUUCUACCGUUGCCUGGGCAAUAGUAAAUUUCAUUGUACUAAUAAUUUUUUUUAGUAUUAGAAAGUUACUUGUGUUUGGUUUUAAAUUUGAUUUCUGAAUUUUUUUUUUUGCAAAUAUAUAAAUAUCUUUAAUUAAA